UCGGAAGAAGAUAACAAUGGCCGCCGCUUUGGCAGCAUUGUGAUGUUGGUGUUGAAAUAUAGACCAUAUGGGACCAGGCGAACAUCAAGGGAGUUGUUAAGCAUGAGCUAAAGAGGGGGAUUCUGAGUUAGAAUUGUGUCGUAUGAAAUCAUGAAGAAAUGCCAUCCUGCGCUUGCUAAUGCUAGUAGAGAUUUACGCCAUGAAAAAGCAAGAUUACCCAAAUGUGUUAAAGCGUAUCCAAGAUGGGGACCUGGAAGCGUUGAAGAGCCUAUUAGCUCAAUCAGACGACCCUAGUUUCAUAUCAUCAUGCCAGCAUGCUCCUUCGGGCGACACUGCCGCUAUCGUGGCCGCAAGAAACGGGAGAUCAGAGACCUUGGAAUUACUGUAUAGGAAAGGAGUGGACUUGGAGAAGCGGAAUAAAGACGGGAAAAGGCCCUUGCAUGAAGCUGCUUCUGCAGGUAGCUUGGAGUGUGUUCAGUUCCUCAUUAGUAAAGGGGUUGAGAUUGACUGCCUGAAAAGAGCUGACUGGACUCCUCUGAUGAUGGCGUGCACAAAAAGUAACCUUUUCAUCAUCAAGGAACUGAUUGCAGCUGGGGCAAGUGCACAUCGAUGUAACAAGGAUGGCUGGAACAGCUUCCAUAUAGCAGCAAGGGAAGGCCACCAAGAUAUUUUGCAGUAUUUCCUUGAGGAGUUCCCAAUGAUUUGGAGAUCAAAAAGCAAAAAUGGACGUACUCCAUUACACACUGCAGCAUUCCAUGGGAAUGAGCAAGCUGUCAAACUGAUGAUUGACAGGUGUCAGUAUGAAGCUGAUGAGAAAGAUAGUUGUGGUGCAACGCCCCUAAUGGAUGCACUGCGCUCUGGUCAUAUAAGAGUUGCCAAACAUCUCAUUGAUGGGCACGGGGCAUCAUUGGUGACAUGUGAUGUGCUGGGCCGGCAGCCUAUUCACCUUGUUGCACAGGCUGGCUGCCUGGACACCAUGGAAUUCCUGGUGGAACUGCAUGAUGUUGAUCCUACAAUAGCAGUCAAGAGUACAGGCCGAACAGCAUUACACAUAGCAGCAAAGGAGGGACACAAUGAUAUUGUACAGUAUUUGGGUUGCUAUGGAGUCUGCAUAGACGCACAAGACAGACAUAAAAGAACUGCACUCCAUCUUUGUUCAGCAUCUGGGCAUGCGGAGUGUGCGUCCAAACUUCUUCAUCUGGGUGCAGACCCUACUCUCAAGGAUUGCAAUGGACACACGCCCAUGGAAUUGUCAAUCAACAUCUCUGUACGGGAAGUCUUUGAGAGUCACAGGUGACUCUAGGACUUGUAAAUCAACGUUUCUGUACGGGAAGUAUUUGAGAGUCGCAUGUGAACAUAAGACCAGACAAACAACAUCAUGUACGGGAAACUCCUUUGUACGGGAAGUUACACGUGAACGUAUACAUAUCUGAAGGUUUAGUGCGUGGAAUAUCGGACAAAAAUCAUAAUUUCAUAGACUACAAACUUGCAAGCCAUUCAGCGAAAAAUAGCCAAGUGCAUGCUUUAAUUGAUGUCUGGAAGAAGAAUGGGGAGAAUGGGAACAGGGAUGUACUGGUAAUUGUGGGAUGUGAUUGUUAUAACGAUGAUUGCGUGAUUUCAAUCAUCUUUAUUGCGUGAUCACCCUAAAGGCUCUGUCAUACA